UUUUUUUUUUUUUUUUUUUAAGAAACUAUAUUAUCUUAUAAUGUCUGCUUAUUCUGGUAGAGAUAUUAUUCUUUUCAUUCUUGCGUUUUUCUUCCCUCCUGCUGCUGUCGGCAUCAAGACGGGAUGUAGUGUAGAUUUACUCAUUAACAUUUGUCUUUGUGUUCUCGGUGCCAUUCCUGGUAUUAUUCAUGGUUUUUAUAUCGUCCAUAAAUAUAACGAAACACAGGAGGAUAUAGAAACUGGUGGUCUUCAAUAUGAAAGAGUUCCUGCUGAAGAUCCUUCAAGAGUUACUUAUGGCGCCACAAAUCCAACUAAUUGAUAAACUCAUACCUUUGGAUUAAUUGUCCGUCCUUUACCAAAUUUAUUAUCCCUUGUUCAUAAUUUUAUUAUUAUGGUUACCUAAUUUUAAAUAAAAAAAAAAAAAAAAAAAAAAAAGUAUACAAAAAAAAAUAAAGUUUAAGAAUCUUGCAGCGCGC